UGUGCCCAGCACACAGGCCCUUCUAUCUGCGGGGAGAGCCAGGACUGUCCACUCACCCGUAAGGAGAUGCUUCCCGGAUCCUGGCCGGGCUGGCUCUGCCUCCUGCUCCUGGCCCGGCCCGCCCAGCCCUGCCCCACGGGCUGCGACUGCUUCUCCCACCAGGUCUUCUGCACCAAUGAGGCGCUGGCAGCCGUCCCGCCCACCUUCCCCCUGCACACCACUGAAGUGGUCUUCGUGGAGACCUCCUUCACCGCCCUACCCACCGGGGCCUUCAGCGGCAGCCCCCAGCUGACCAAGGUGGUCUUCCUCAACACGCAGCUCUCCCGACUGGAGCCGGACGCCUUCAGGGGGCUGCCCAGGCUGGCUGACCUGGAGAUCACGGGCAGUAGCUUCUUCAACCUCAGCGCCGCCCCCUUCUCCCACCUGCGCUCGCUGCUCAAACUCACGCUCUCCUUCAACGCGCUGCGGACCCUGCCCGCAGACUUCUUCCAUCACACCCUGGAGUCCCUGGAGUCCCUCUCCCUGCAGGGCAACCGGCUCCAGAGCCUGCCCGACCGCCUCUUCCAGCCCCUGACGCAGCUGAAGACCCUCAACCUGGCUCAGAACCUCUUGGUCCAACUCCCCGAAGAGCUGUUCGCGCCCCUGGGCCGCCUGCAGACCCUGCGGCUGAGCCAUAACCUGCUGGGCAGCCUGCCCGCGGGCGCCUUUGGGGGGCUGGGCCACCUGCAGGAGCUCUUCCUCGACAGCAACGCACUCUCAGAGCUGCCGGCCGAGCUCUUCUCCCCACUCAGGAGCCUGCAGAAGCUCUGGCUGCACCACAACGCCCUGGGGCAGCUGCCUCCGUCCAUCUUCUGGCCUCUGGCCAACCUCACCCACCUGAGCUUGCUGGACAAUGGGCUGCGGACGCUGCCCGAGGGCCUCUUUGUCCGCACCUCACGCCUCAUGAGCCUGUCCCUGUCGCACAACCAGCUGCAGGGCAUCCCCCCGGGAGCCUUCGCCAAGCUGUCCAGCCUCGGCACCCUGACACUCUCCCACAAUGCCAUCACCCAGCUCCCGGCCGGCGUCUUCGGGGGCCUGGUGGAGCUGACCCAGCUCUACUUGGGGAACAACAACCUCACGGCCUUGCACCCCAGCCUCUUCCAGAACCUGUCCAAGCUGGAGCUGCUCGUCCUGUCCAAGAACCUCCUGACCACGCUCCCCGAGGGCCUCUUUGACGACAACUACAACCUCUUCAACCUGGCGCUGCAUGGGAACCCGUGGCGAUGUGACUGCCACCUGGGCUACCUCUUCCGCUGGCUGCAGCAGUUCAGCGACCAGCUCCUCAACGCCCGGACCGUCUGUGCCGGCCCCCCCUACCUCAGGGGCCAGCUGGUGCCCGCCCUGACAGAGGAGCAGCUGGUGUGUCCCGUCUCCCGAGCCCCAGGGCCAGAUGCCGGGGAGCCGGGGGACAGCUGGGAUCUGGGGGCCGUGGGAAAGCCCCCCCAGAGCCGCUGUACCUACAGCAACCCCGAGGGCACGGUGGUCCUGGCCUGUGGUCCACGCUGUCGCUGGCUACGUCUACAGCUGUCUGCCUGGCAGGGCGCUGACUCUGGCCUGCCCUACAACGCCAGCCAAACCUGGGACUUGACGUCUGCCUGCGGCACCGUGAGGGUAACCGUGUCCAUUGAGGCUCGGGCAGGGGUCCCCUAGGGGCACGGCAGACGGUCUUGGGGUCGGAAGGCAUGAGGAGGAGAUGUGCACGGGAGCGUUUGGUUUUCAGGACAGAAAGGGGCCUCCCAGACCGAGGGCGGGGAGAGGCCAGCUCCACGGCCCGGGUCUCCUCUUCCUCUUCUGCCUUCCUCGCUCCCCUCUCUGAGUCCGGCCUGCCGAGAGUAGACACCCUGUCCUUCCACUUUGCAAAGCACCAAUGAAAGCAGCACCUUGGGCCGGGGAGUCUCCGGCAGGGCUGUCAACGUGGGAUCCAAACCCACCCCAUGCUCAGUGGGGACCCUCCCACCGCUGUUCUUCCAGAUGCUUCCCUCUUGGAUCCCCCCAGCUCAAAAGACAAAGGGGGGGCCAGAGUGAUGGGACAGCAGGGAGGGCGUUUGCCUUGCACAUGCUGACCCAGGCUCAGUCCCCGGCAUCGCAUAUGGUUCCCCGAGCACCGCCAGGAGUAACUCCUGAGUGCGUGAGCCUGGAGGAACCCCUGUGCAUCACCGGGUGUGACCCCAAAAGAAAACAAACAAACAACCAAAGGUGGAUUUUUUAUUUCUCUCCCUGGAUUUUUUCCCCCCUCAAGUAGAUGCGUCAUAUUGAAUAUUGAAUACGUCACGGGUAGCUUGCCAGACUCUGCCGUGCGUGUGGGCGAGAUACUCUCGGUAGCUUGCUGGGCUCUCUGAGAGGGGUGGAGGAAUCGAACCCGGCUCAGUCGGGCUGGCUGCGCGUAAGGCAAAUGCCCUACCGCUGUGCUAUCCCUCCAGCCCGGAGAUGGAAGAGAAGUGCUAAAAUUAGAGGUAGCUAGAGAAUUGGGGGACUGGGGUCUGAUGUAGGGUGUGGGGGACUCAUCGCUGGCGUUCCACUCAACUGACGUGACGAAUCUCCCUCCCGGGGCAUUCGGACAGUGUCCGGGAUGAAGCGGAGUGUGGGAAGGGACAGGACAGCUCCUGGGGGUCCCAGAGCAAGGACCCCCUCCCCCGGGGGAACUGGGCCUCUGCAGGGGCAGGGAGUGAGAUUCUGGUUCCAGAGCAGCAGAGAGGAAGGGAGGACUCAAGGCAGGCUCAGAGGCGCUUGCUGCGGUCUUGCACCCCCGUUCUCUUCUCUGACCUCCAGGAUGCCCCGUCUCCUCUGCCCCCCUUCCCUGCUGGUCCCCUCGGCCCAGCCCUCCUUCUGCUGCCCCUGGCUCAGCUGCUGCAUAUCCCUGGGCCCCCUCAGCAGCCUGACCCCCAGUCCUCUUCUGAGUGUCACCUCUGCCCAUCCUAAGAGUCGCGCCUGGGGCUGGAGCGAUAACACAGUGGGUAGGGCGUUCGCCUUGCAGGCGGCCGACCCGGGUUCAAUUCCCAGCAUCCCAUAUGGCCCACUGAGCACUGCCAGGAGUCAUUCCUGAGUGCAUGAGCCAGGAAUAACCCCUGUGCAUCACCGAGUGUGACCCCAAAACAAAAAAAACCCUAAGAGUUGUGCCUGCUCACAGCAUCAUGUUCCAGCCCCCCCUCCCCCAGCCUGCAUCUGCAGCCCCCCAGGGAGUGCCUUGUAGCCAACUGCCAAAGCACAUCUCUGCUCCCCCGAGGCCCCAGGCUGGCAGGGAAGAGGGUGCCUGGGAGCGUCGCUUUCUCUGUCCACUGUCCCUCCUGCCUCUCUCCUUGACUCUGCACAGGUGGGGGCAGGAGAAUGGGGGUCUGCCUGCCCCAAGCAACAACCAAACCCCCUAAGGACAUGUUUGUGCUGGUGUCCUGGACAUGAACGCGAAGAGGGGGUCAGUGCUGGGAGUUCAGGGAGGCGAAGGCUGGGCCGGGGAGACCCAUGGGCAGAGCAGUGGGCAGUGUGGGCGGGCAGGGGGCGGCGAUGGGUGAGGUCAGGACUCGGCCUCCGGGGCAGGCAUUGUAGGGGGAUAGCGGGAGACCAGGCUGGAGUGCCUGCUGGGGCGAGUUCUGGCAGGUUCUGGCAGGCUCGGACAGGUGUUCAUGGGACCAGGACCCCAUGUGUGCAGUGUGCAGAUGGCUGGCUGGCUGAGCUGUAGGACCGUGUCAGGGCACAGAGCAAUCCCCACUGCCCAAGGGGUCUUCUCUGCGAUUCAACAUCAGGCUGUGUUGUGUUUAGUAGCAGAAACUGUGUUUGUUUGUUUGGAGGUCACACCUGAUGGUGCUGUGGGGACCAGGAGAUGUGCCCCGGCCUUUGAGCACUCUCCCAGGCCAGACAAAAGUGAAUUUACAGAGAGAGAGAGAGAUAGAUAGAUAGAGAGAGAGAGAGAGAGAGAGAGAGAGAGAGAGAGUCAGACAGUCAGACAGACAGGACAGAGGCAGAGACAGAGACCCUACAAGAAUCAUGUAUAUGUAGAUUCUAAAGCCAAUGGGACCAAAUGACAUAAAUGAGAUUGAUCCUGCUCUAAGGAACGGGCAGGGGUGAGGGGUGAGGGACUGGGGUCUCAGGGGAGAGGCAGGGGCUCACAGGAUGGGGAGAGUGUGCCUCAUCUCACCAAGACCAAGAGCGCUGUCAUUUGACUUUGGUCCUGGAUUCUUCAAUACAAAGACCGUUUCUGGCAAGAUAUCCUAAUUCUGGGGCUUGGAGACAUAGCACCAGGGUAAGACCCUUACCUUGCAUGUGGCUGACCCCAGUUUGAGUGCCAGCACCACAUAAUCCCCCACCACUCUUGAGCACAGAGCCAGGAGCCAGCCCUGAGCAUUGUCAGGCAUGACUCAACCCCAGAAAAUUCAAUACUAAUUCUGGCUAUCCUGCCCGUUUCCACUCUCCCAGGGCCAAGGGAGUGAUGGGAGCAUCGUGUGGGCCUGCGGGGCCUGGACUGACCCCAGCUCAGAGGUCCCACAGCCUGCGGACGCCUCGGCUUGCCUGUGGCCGUGGGGCUCAUAGAUCUAGGGGUGCUGUGGAAACAGUGGAGCCACUUGGGGAUGGAUUCAAACCCUGAUGUGGGUCCAGAGUCCAGCACCAGUGCAGGCGGCCCCGGUUAAAAAAAAAGAAUAAAGGGGCUGGAGUGAUAGCACAGCGGGUAGGGCGUUUGCCUUGCAUGCGGCCGACCUGAGUUCGAUUCCCAGCAUCCCAUAUGGUUCCCUGAGCACCGCCAGGGGGUAAUUCCUGAGUGCAGAGCCAGGAGUAACCCCUGUGCAUCGCCAGGUGUGACCCAAAAAAAAGCAAAAAAAAAAAGAAUAAAGAAACAAAUAUGACUUAGAGAAGCACCAGCGCUUCAAAUCUCACCCAGUACUUAUUCAGUCCACAAAAAGAAACAAGCUGGUUCCUGCCCACCAAGCGCCUGGGGCAGGUCGGGGAAGAGAGGGUUCCUGGGAGCACUCUAGGAGGUGCUGAGAACACCACUGAUCUGAGUCAAAGCAGCCUUGGAGACAGGUGGGCCAGGAAUGGGCGCGGGGAAGUCUGGAGUGACCAUGUGAGGGUCUCCUGAGGAGUGGGGGGUACUGCCUUGCCCUCUUGCCCGGAGGGUAAUAAGACAGGCCAGCAGAUUUUCCAGGGGGAAACCCACUCACCCAGACACACUUGAUUUAUUCAUCAAAGUGUUUGGGUUUUCAAAAAGUUAGAAAUUGAGCUCCCAUUUGACCCAGCAAUACCACUCCUGGGAAUAUACCCCAGAGAAGCAAAAAAAUAUAGUCGAAGUGACAUCUGCGCUUGUUUGUUCUUUGCAGCACUCUUUACAAUAGCCAGAAUCUGGAAAAAACCUGAGUGCCCGAGAACAGAUGAUUGGUUAAAGAAACUUUGGUACAUCUACACAAUGGAGUACUAUGUAGCUGUUAGAAAAGGUGAAGUCAUGAAAUUUACAUACAAGUGGUACUACAUGGAAAGUAUCAUGUUAAGCGAAAUGAGUCAGAAAGAGAGGGAUAGACAUAGAAAGAUUGCAUUCAUCUGGGAAAUAUAAAGUAAGAAAAUAGGAGACUAACACCCAAGAAGAGUCAAGAUAAGUACCAGGAGGUUUACUCCAUGGCUUGGAGGGCAGCCACACACUCUAGGGAUAAAGGCAGCUCAGAUAGAGAAGGGAUCACCAAAUAAAGGGUAUUGGAAAGAUCCGUCCAGGAUGGGAGAUGCAUGCUAAAAGUAGACUAUAGACCGGGCAUGAUUGCCACUCAAUUCCUCUUUUGUAAACCACAGCACCCAAAAGGAGAGAGAGAAAACAGAAGGGAGUGCCCUGCCACAGAGGCAGGGUGGGAUGGGGAGAUGGGGGGUGGGAGGGAUACUGGGAUUGAUGGGGGUGGAGAAUGGGCACUGGUGGAGGGAUGGGUGUUUGAUCAUUGUAUAAUUGAAACCCAAGCACAAAAAUUUGUAAGACUACAACUGUACCUCAUGGUGUUUCACUAACAAAAAUUUAAAAAAAAAGUGUUUGGGUUAAGAAGAAACGUGGCCAGUGAGCUGGAGCAAUAGCACAGCAGGUAGGGCGUUUGCUUUGCACGCGGCCGACCUGGGUUUGGGUCCCAGCAUCCCAUAUGGUCCCCUGAGCACAGCCAGGAUUAAUUCCUGAGUGAAGAGCCAGGAGUAACCCCUGUGCAUCUCCGGGUGUGACCCAAAAAGCAAAAAAAAAAAAAAAAAUAAGAAUAAGAAUCGCGGCCAGAGAGAGCACAGCAGGUAAACACACUCGCCUUGCACGCGUUGGCCUUGCAAGGCGAGAGUCUCUCACUACGUUCUGUGAGUGAAACUUUCACUGAUUUAUUACUGAUUCCUGCACUACCUGAAUUUUGGGGGUGCAGCGUGUUAUCUCUGGCUGGCCGCAGCUUCACCCCACCCACCAUCAGAGCUCUGGAGCUGUCAGGGACCAGAGUAAGCCGCCACUCUUCCCUUCUGUCACUGCACUCAGGUGUCUGGCAGAGGCGGAGAGAUGGCGUUUGGAUAAGCUGCUCUCCCCUGGGUCGCUUAGGGUCCGUGCAGAGAGAAUCCAUCUGGAGCUGGCUUCUUGAUUCCUCCUGCUUUUCUGAGCACCAUCCCCUCCAAUUCCACUCAUGCGGUCACAAAGACAAGAUUUGAAAAAGAAUCAUUAAAAAAAAAAAAAAGAUAAAGAGCUGAGUACUUUUCCAUUGUCUGUAUCUUCUAAAUCAUCUGAUGGACGUUUAGGUGGACUCCAUGUUUUCUUUCUGUGAAUAAUAUUCCUAGGAGCAGACGUGCCUCUCAUCGAGGCUUUUCCAGGCUUCAGACACACACUCAGGAGCGGCCUUGGUGCCUGAGAGAUCAGGACAGGUCCCUGGGCCAAGCAGCCGAGACCUCGGAAUAUAAGGAGCAUAAACAGGCAGCAGGCUUGUGCCCAGAAAGAAUAGAAUAAAGCAGUUCAGGGUCUUUUCAAUAUAAGGGCAGCACAGGGAAAAUGAAACCGGAAAUUGAUGUGACUUAGCCCUUAAAGGUGCGUGCUGAUUGACCACACCAAGUUGCCCAGCCUCGGCUCGCCAUGUCUCUGCUGAAUUUUGAUGCAUGCACUGUUCACAAUGUCUCUGUCGAUUUUCACAAUGGCCCUUGCGUUGGGAGCCAGGGAGGCAGAGUGAUGCAGUCCUGAAUAAAAGGUCAGCCUGUGAGCUCAUUCCAUCUGGUCAGGUGACCCGGAAGCUCUUGCUGGACAGAGUUGAAAGUGCCAAUCAUAGUGGUUUUAGACAAAUCGCUGGGUUACAUGGGAUUUCCAUGGGGUUCUACCAUUUCUGGAGACACCACCCCUUUGCUCCAGCCAAUGAGGUACCAAGAGCUCCUCAUAGAUCACAUUUCCUCCCUUGCUACCACCGCCAGUUUUAGGAGCCAGGCCGUUCCCAAGACUGUGGGGCUGGGGAGAAAUAAGAUUCAGGCAGAUGCAGGAGGAGGUGGACUGUCAUCUAUUUUGUGGUUUUUGUUUUGGGGCUGGAGCGAGAGCACAGCAGUAGGGCGUUUGCCUUGCACGCAGCCAACUUGGCUGACCCGAGUUCGAUUCCUCCGCCCCUCUCAGAGAGCCCGGCAAGCUACCGAGAGUAUCUCGCCCGCAAGGCAGAGCCUGGCAAGCUACCCGUGAUGUGUUCGAUAUGCCAAACACAGUAACAAGUCUCACGAUGGAGACAUUACUGGGCCCGCUUGAGCAAAUCGAUGAACAACGGGAGGACAGUGACAGUGUUUUGGGGCCAGAUCUGGCAGUGCUUAGGCAUUACUCCUGACUCCGUGCUCAGGGAUGUAUCCUGGGGGUACUCAGGGGUCCAUCUGGAAUGCUGGGGAUCAAUCCUGGAUGGGCCGUGUGCAAGGCAGGUGCCCUACCCACUGUACGAUAGUUCUGACCUCGUCUGUCUUGUGCAGUCUCUCCUUCAGCCUGCCUGCCCUCCUUGUCUGCAUGCCUGGACCUGCCACUGGCUUGUGAUGUGGCCAUGGGCCAUCUCCUGAAGUGCAUGGACAUGGUUUUCUCAUUCAUACUGUUCAUCAUGGACCAGCAUCCAGUUAUUGGGGAGGAUAAAACAAGGGCAUUCAGACCACCAAGUAAAUGAUGCUUGGAGGGCUCACUCAGGAUGGGAGAUGUGUGUUAGUAGACUAGGGACUGAACAUGAUGACCACUUAGCAACCAUAAAACCCAAAAGGAGAGGGACAGAGCAAAAGGGAAUGUUC